AUGAAGUCCGUCCUAGAGACGUACUUGCACAACGCGCUACAAUUCGUUUUCCCUCAAAAUUGCUUUGAAGAGCUGGUUAUCAACUUCAAUAUAUUUCAUCCAACAUGUCCGAAGAUGGUAUUGAGCCGUGCUCUUGGUCUUGGAAUUACUGGCGGAUCUAUUCUCCUUUUUGUACCUCAAAUCAUAAAGAUCUUCACUGCGAAAAGCGCUAAGGGAAUCUCACUCUUGUCCCAACUUCUUGCUCUCGUCGCUGCUGCUGGUACCGCUGCCUAUAGCUUUAACAAAGGAUUCGUUUUCAGUCAAUGGGGUGAUUCGUUUUUCGUUGCCAUUCAGCUCAUGAUCAUCGUUAUGCAGAUUCUCUAUUAUUCGGACGCUAGUGCUUAUGCUUUUGCAUUUUUUGCAUUUUGUUGGGCGUUUGUAUUUGCUGUCAUCGGAAAUUACGUGCCAGCGGAGAUCCUGAUGAUGAUUCAGGCUCUUGGCAUUCCUAUUACUUCCAUCCAAGCCUGGCAAAAUUUCAAGAACCAAAGCACUGGCCAGUUGUCGCUUGUUUCUGCUUCGUUGCAGUUUGCAGGUGAGCUUAAUAUCCCGUGCAAGCGCAUAGUGCGCUUAAAUAUUUCGUAA